AUGCAGCCCUUAAGAGACAUGGAGCCCUCAGGGCAUUAUCAGCAGAUAACUGAGCCUCCCCAGGUCUCCGUGAAGACUCAGGUGGACAUCCCUCCAGACAGUGACCCUGACUUUUCUUCGGCGCACCACGCCAUGGUGCCCACGCAGCAACGCAAACCCAUACGCAGCACAAAGAAGAGAGCCGACAUUCAGGCUUCUAUCAGGGAGAGAGCAGACCGACCCACGCCCGCAGGAUGUGUCUGGGCUGUCUGCAUAGGCGCUGAAGUCCUCUUCACCGAGAUUUUAAAGGCUGUGAAGAGGCCCGAUAUUAUUCGCCCAAAGUUUCUCAAGGUGGAGAACACGUACAGCGAAGUUCUCUUCUGCAAGUGCUUCGUUAAGAGAAAGACCGUCUUUGUCUUUAGAUUCGGUAUGAUGAAUACGCAGAAGAAGGAACCCACGUCUGCAGCAGCAGCAACAGCAGCAGCCACAGUGGCUACAGAGUCAGCAAGGUGCUGUACUGGAAACAACAGCAAGCUAAUUUGUGUCCUCGCGUUUGCCUGCCAAUUUGUCCGUCUGAUUCCAGGUUGCAUCGUUGCAUGGGAUAUAGACGUAGAGGAACAGAAGGCGUUAGUGGCCUUCAUGCAGCCUUACCUCAAAGAGCCGCUGGGCGCAAACAAAGAAGACGACACAAUGACGUAUGUGUGGAGCGACAGAGCAACAAUAAAGGGAGACAACAUCCACCUUGUCACCACGAACGUGUUUGAAUGUUUAGCCUACUCCUACGCAUUCGCACAGAGUGUAAAGCUAGCCUUCUUUGAGACGCUGGUGGACGCCGAUAUCGAACGGACCAAAAUGAUACCGGAGAGUCUGGCGCGUACUGGCAAUAUUCAGUCAACCCGUGAGGACAUAGGGCGUCGUAUUGGGGAAUUGUUUGUCAAUCGAUUCUACAUAAACCUUCAUACGGAUAUUCUGGAUACGCCAGACAUAUUCUGGGACAACGAUGACUUUGCCGACCACUAUGAUCACUGCAGGCGUUACUUAGAGAUACCAAAACGAGUUGAGAUUCUUAAUCAGAGGCUUGACAUUAUUAAGGAUCUAUACGACAUGCUGAACAACGAGUUGACCAUUCAACACGGGUACAAGCUGGAGUGGAUCGUGAUAUACUUAAUUUGCAUAGAGGUGCUUAUUGAGGUGGUUUGGAACAUAUUGAUUAAAGAUGUAUUGAAAUGGGUGUAA